AAAUGGCGAACGUCAGACAACAUAAACACUGUGACUACUACUGUGAUUUUUAUGCGCACAAGUUCACGCGUGUUAUUGUUUUUUUGCACUCAUAGAUCUCGUGUUAUACGAAUUUCAUUAUAAUUAUAUAAUUUUUAAAAAAUUAAAAAAAUUAACGGUCAAAUAUAUUUUUCAAAUCGUCUAACCACUCAAUUAUAUGGUGUUACAUAUAAGUACCAUCUGUAGAACCAGGUGUCAUUGUAUCUAGUGGUCUCGUCGUCAUCUUUAACUAAUCAACAAAUUUAUUAACGAUUAUGACUCGUGAUUUUCCUAGCAAUCAAGCAACAAAUCCCCCAACGACGUAUCUAGAUGAAAAUGUAAAUCGUUUACCAGACCAGAAUCGGAUUAAAAAAAUCGAUAAUGGCCCAAGGAAAGAGAGGAUAGAAAAACUCUCUACGGCCAAUGAGAGCACCAAGACGGAUGAUAAAGAUGCUGGACGACCAGUACAAGUGGUGGUUGCUCAUCCAGACCAUACUUUUGAAUUAGAUGAAGAUGCUUUAGCUGAGAUUCUACUUCAAGAUGAUGUCAAAGAUCGUAGUGUUGUUGUUGUAUCAGUAGCUGGUGCUUUUAGAAAAGGCAAAAGUUUCCUUUUGGAUUUUUUCUUGCGUUAUAUGGCAUCCAGGUAUUUAAAAGAAGAAAAAAAUGAUUUAUGGUUGGGAGAUGAAAAUGAACCAUUAAGUGGCUUUUCGUGGCGAGGUGGAUCCGAAAGAGAUACAACAGGAAUCCUCAUGUGGUCUAAAGUAUUUCCCUGUACUUUGCCAAAUGGAGAAAAGGUUGCCAUUAUUCUAAUGGAUACACAAGGAGCUUUUGACAGCCAAUCAACUGUCAGAGAUUGUGCUACAGUGUUUGCUUUAAGCACCAUGCUGUCAUCCGUUCAAAUUUACAAUCUUUCUCAAAAUAUUCAAGAAGAUGAUCUGCAACAUUUACAGCUUUUUACUGAAUACGGUCGAUUGGCGUUAGAAAAAUCUGGAUCUGUACCUUUCCAACGUCUUCAAUUUCUCGUAAGAGAUUGGAGUUAUCCUUACGAAGCACCAUAUGGUGCUGACGGUGGUCGAAAAAUUCUUAAAAGAAGGCUAGAAAUUUCAGAUAGACAACAUCCAGAGCUUCAAAGUCUACGAAAACAUAUUACCUCAUGUUUCUCUGAUAUAUCAUGUUUCCUGAUGCCACAUCCUGGUUUAAGGAUUGCUACAAAUCCCAAAUUUGAUGGCCGCUUGUCAGAAAUUGAAAGAGAGUUCAAACAACAGUUGAAAGAUCUUAUUCCUGCACUUCUUGCGCCGGAAAAUUUAGUCACAAAGAAAAUAAACGGCCAAACAGUACGAGCACGUGAUUUAUUGGAGUAUUUUAAAAGUUACAUUAGAAUUUACAAAGGGGAUGAAUUGCCAGAGCCAAAAAGUAUGUUGGUGGCUACAGCAGAAGCCAAUAACUUGUCCGCUGUGGCGGAAGCUAAAGAUCUGUAUCUACAAAUGAUGGAAUGUGUUUGUGGUGGUAGUAAACCAUUUUUAGCAACUGCACAUCUAGAGUCUGAACAUCAACGUUGUGUUGACAAAGCACUACACCAAUUUACCAACAAACGCAAAAUGGGAGGUGACGAAUUCAGUCAAGUUUAUAUGGAAAGACUCAUUAAGGAUAUGAAUGAGAGUUUUCUCCAAUUUAAAGCACACAAUGAAAGCAAAAAUAUUUUUAAAGCUGCACGAACUCCAGCUGUGUUUUUCGUCAUUGCUGUUACGACGUAUCUCUUUUCCGGUCUCUUUGGUCUUAUAGGACUUUAUGCAUUAGCUAAUAUUUGUAAUAUCAUCAUGGGUUCUGCACUUCUUACCCUGGCUUUCUGGGCAUACAUUAGAUACAAAGGAGAAUUUCGAGAAAUUGGAGUACAAAUAGACAAUUUAGCAACUCAAAUUUGGGAGAAUAUUUUGAAACCAAUCUAUCAACAAUUUGUGGAACAAUCAGUGUCAGCAGCAGUCGCACAAGCUGCAGAGAUGGCAACUAACUCAACACUGACAAUGGAUGCUGUUAAUGGAAAGAUUAAAACAUCGUAGUAAAUUUUUUACAUUAAUAAUUUAAGUUAUGAAUCAAAAAAACUUUUUUAAUCGUGAGUUUUGUGAUAAAAUUUUUUAGUAAAAUUUUUCUGAGGCUAAUAAAUAUGUCUCACUCUUUUACUGUUAUCUUUCAAUAAUAAAAUCAUUUAUCGUUGAUUUAUACAUAAAACAAUACGUAUAUGUUAUAUUUCUUACACUUCUAAGUAUUGUUUAUUGAGAAACAAAUAGCAAUGUUAGAGCAUAUAUUUAUUAUUCCAUGAACACAAUUCAUAACUUGAAUCUUAUUCAAUAAAAGAAGACACUUAGUUAAAUUAAAAUUUAUGAGAGCAAUAUUUUUAUUCGUGAAAAAAACUUGCGAAGGGCUUUGUUCUUUUUCGUACUUAAAAAUUUUAAAUAAAUACUAAAUCUUAUAAAAAUUUUAGUACGACGAUUGUGUAAUAAACACAGAAUUCAUUUAAUAAUUUUCAUUAUCAUUAAAUCUUCAUACUUAAAUUGAUUGCAAUAAUGAAAAUAAUACAAAAAUAUUAAUAGAUUCAAUAACAUACGCAAGAUUUUUUUUUGUUACAAUAAAUAAUAUUUACAAUUACUCAUAUUAUGUCAUCAUUAUUUUUAUCAAUGUUCAAAGUCUUGCCAAUAGCUCAUAAUCCAUCAGAAAUAUUGUUAAAAUUGGCUGAAAUUAUGUACUAAUUGGGAAAAAGAUUGAAAAUAUUUAAGAAUCAUAAUUGUUUAUUUAAUGAUAUUAUUAAUAAUGCAUAUAAAAAAGAUAAUUUUGUUCAUUAUUGUACAAAUAUUUUGACGUAAAUCAGAUGCCAUUAUUAUAUUUUAAAAAAAUCUUCUUGUACAUUAGAAAAUUAUUUAUAAAUUAUAUUAUAAUAAUCUUUACAAAUAAUUUCUUUUCCUC